GCCGGGCCGGGCGGCCGCACUGGGCAUGCUCAGUCGCCGGGGCAGGUUUUUCGGUCGCAAGUAGGAAGCUUUCUACACUCGGCCGGAGAGGGAGCCGCGGAUCCCGCCCCAGCCCGCCCGGCCCCCGCGGCGGGGCGCGAUGAGCCGGCGCCCGAGCCCCAGCCGGCCCGCCGGGCACUGAGCGCGGGCGCCCGGGGCGCGUGGCGCAGCUGCUCCUGCGCACAACCCCGCCGCGCCGGCCGAGUCGCCGCGGAGCGCGAGAGGCGCCUGGGUGCACCGCGCCCGGCGGCGCGAGCAGGAAGCGCAGGCCACGCAGGACCAACUGAAACAAAGUGCGGGCCCGCGCGCGCCCGCCGCCGCCAUGGCCUCCGAGGAGCUGUACGAGGUCGAAAGGAUUGUUGACAAGAGGAAAAACAAAAAAGGGAAGACAGAGUACCUGGUGCGGUGGAAAGGCUACGACAGCGAGGACGACACGUGGGAGCCGGAACAGCACCUGGUGAACUGCGAGGAGUACAUCCAUGACUUCAACCGGCGCCACACCGAGAAGCAGAAGGAGGGCGCGCCUGCUCGGACCACCAGGACCUCCCCCAACAAUGCCCGGAAGCAGAUCUCCAGGUCCACCAACAGCACCUUCUCCAAGGCCUCGCCGAAGGCACUGGUGAUCAGCAAGGACCCCGAGUCCAAGAACAGCCCGCUGCUGGCAGCCAGCCAGAAGUUCAGGAAAAACACAGCCUCCUCCCUGUCCAGCCGGAAGAACAUGGACCUCGCCAAAUCAGGUAUCAAGAUCCUGGUGCCUAAGAGCCCCAUUAAGAGCAGGACCGCAGUGGACGGCUUUCCAAGCGAGAGCCCUGAGAAACUGGACCCCAUCGAGCAGGGUCCCGAGGACACAGUGGCACCAGAAGUGACAGCAGAGAAGCCGGUGGGAGCUUUGCUGGGCCCCGGCGCAGAGCGAGCCAGAAUGGGGAGCAGGCCCCGAAUACACCCGCUUGUGCCCCAGGUGCCGGGCCCUGUGACUGCAGCCAUGGCCACGAGCUUGGCCGUGAACGGAAAAGGUACAUCUCCCUUCAUGGACGCGCUCACAGCCAAUGGAACCACCAACAUACAGACAUCUGUUACAGGAGUGGCAGCCGGGAAAAGGAAAUUUAUUGACGACAGAAGAGACCAGCCUUUUGACAAGCGGUUGCGUUUCAGUGUGAGGCAAACAGAGAGUGCCUACAGAUACAGAGAUAUUGUCGUCAGGAAGCAGGAUGGCUUCACCCACAUCUUGCUGUCCACAAAGUCAUCAGAGAAUAACUCACUCAAUCCAGAGGUCAUGAAAGAAGUCCAGAGUGCUCUGAACACAGCCGCUGCCGACGACAGCAAGCUGGUGCUGCUCAGCGCGGUCGGCAGCGUCUUCUGCUGCGGUCUCGACUUUAUUUAUUUCAUACGGCGUCUCACAGAUGACCGGAAAAGAGAAAGCACUAAAAUGGCCGAGGCGAUCAGAAACUUCGUGAAUACUUUCAUUCAGUUUAAGAAGCCUAUUAUUGUAGCAGUAAAUGGCCCGGCCAUUGGACUCGGAGCGUCCAUAUUGCCUCUUUGCGAUGUGGUCUGGGCUAAUGAAAAGGCUUGGUUUCAGACACCCUAUACUACCUUCGGACAGAGUCCAGAUGGCUGCUCUACCGUUAUGUUCCCCAGGAUUAUGGGAGGCGCAUCUGCAAAUGAGAUGCUGCUCAGUGGGCGGAAACUGACGGCGCAGGAGGCGUGCGGCAAGGGCCUUGUCUCCCAGGUGUUCUGGCCAGGGACCUUCACCCAGGAAGUCAUGGUUCGCAUCAAGGAACUCGCCUCGUGUAACCCAGUUGUGCUGGAGGAGUCCAAGGCCCUGGUGCGCUGCAACAUGAAGCUGGAACUGGAGCAGGCCAACGAGCGCGAGUGCGAGGUGCUGAAGAAGAUCUGGGGCUCGGCCCAGGGCAUGGACUCCAUGUUAAAGUACUUGCAGAGGAAAAUCGAUGAGUUCUGACGGGUGGCUCGCGGGUGCCACCGUCCAUCCUCACAGCCCGAGCGAGACAUGUCCACCCGUAGCUCUUUCUUGGCAGCAGGACUGGAAACAUCCAAGCUAUUUAUUUCCAAGGAGUUUUUAAGUCCUGUACCUUUCAAAUAAAUAACUACAAAGCUCUUUUGUCCAAACAUUAUUUUAUACUGCUCCACACACAUGUAGAAAAGUGGAUGGUGGCACGAGCCUGCCCCUGGAAGCGCUCAGUGUUUUGUUUCCUUUGGCUAGUACUGUCUAAAAAAAAACUGUUUGGUUUGUCUGGGUGACCGGAAAGUCUUCGAUGAUGUUUGUUUUCCUCAUUCUUCCCUCCUAGAAAGGGGCUGGAGCCAGCCUCGCCUCCUCUCCCCCCAGAAAGGUGCAGAGCACCGGGAGCCCCUCGUCUCCACGGAGGCAGUGGGGAUCCUGCAGAGGCAGAAAUUAAAUCAAGCAGAACGUACCUGCCGGGAAGGGCUUCCUGGGACAGGCUCAGCAAGCACUUAGGGUUCACGCUGGGGUAUCCGCGGGUUCUCCCCUCUCCCAGCAGUCCAGUUUCACUGUCUCUGUCUCUGGGAGAAAGCCUGUUUUGCAGUAUUAGAGAGUCACUGACUAGGUGGAGAAUGAGUACCUAAGUUAUAAGUUAGACUUAGCGGGUUUUACAUAGUUUCUCUGACCCUUUCAAAAAAUAACUCCAUUAAGUGCUUCUUGUUGCUGGGUGAGAAAUACUACUAUCUAUACAGUUUCAGUUUUCUGUCUGCAGAUGUGAUUGAUGUACUACACCAAAAGAAAAGUAUUUUUAUGUUUAUUAAGUGUAAUUUUUAGGUUCACUUAGAAUAUAUUUUAUUUAAUAAGUUAAAAUUCUUUUUGGCACACUAUUAAAUACAAAAACUCCUUUCCAAAUAAAAAGAACUACCUUGUAUUCGACACUUCCUGUCCUCCAUCCCGCUCCUCUGUGUGGGUGGCACGGGUCCGAGAGCGCCCCCUGCAGGAGUGGGGCUGAUUCCUGACCACGGGCACCGGUGAGCAGCUGGGCUUCUGGGGUUGCAAUUAUAUUGAAUGUAUGAAGACUGAAAUAAAAUCAGAACCUUAUUUUUGUACAGUUUUGAAGUUUAUACUUAGAACUGACCACCUCCUGGCCACGCGGAGAGCUGUACAGUGUGUAAAUCUGCCUUUACCUUGGAUUGAUUGGUACAGUAUUUUUGCAUCUGUGGGACCUACUUUUAUGUUCAGUAGUUUGAAACUAUAUAUAAACUGUACAAUCUGUAAAGUUUUUAUAGAAUAAAUAUUCAGCUGUGAAAACUGGUUAAAUAAACUAAUAUUUCUUAACACCUUGGAAA